CGGAUACUUAUUAUACAUCUACAUAUCUCUACUAUCCUACACGGAUACUUAUACAUCCCUACACGGAUACUUAUACAUCUACAUAUCAUAUCUCUACUAUCCUCUAGUACAUGGAUACUUCUCUACUAUCCUCUACAUAUCUCAUACUUGAUUCCCUUCUUCGUCCCGGGCCGCAGCAGCCUCUUUGAUACUGUCCCUACUUGAUGGUCUUCUUCGUCCCUUCACUCUCCCUUCCCUCAUCCUCAUCCUCUUUUUAAGAGCGCUC